AGGGCGUGGUGUGGUGUUGAUCACGUGACUUAGGUGCGGUCGGUCACUCCAGAUUUCCUGAAAAGUAGUAGCAGCGAGAGCUCACUGACAGUUUGCUUCGGAAUCGGAGAGAAGAGGCGCAUAAGCAAUAGUCACAAUGAGUUUCGAUCUGUCAGAAGCUGCGGGUAAGGACGAGGAGAUGAUAAAGAAGGAGGAAGCACAGAAAGACGAACUCAGUUGGCCCUGGGGCAAGAACAAAGAUAAGGGCAAGGAAGGCAGCAAAGACAAGUCUGGAAGUAAGGACAAGGACAAGUCUGGAAGUAAGGACAAGGACAAGUCUGAAAGUAAGGACAAGCACAAGUCUGAAAGUAAGGACAAGGACAAGCACAAGGAUAAGGACAAGUCUCACAGCAAGGAACAUGGUGAGAAGAAGAAGGAGAAAAAGAAAAAGGAGAAGAAGCAUGGAGGCAAAUCGGGCUCAUCUUCCAGCAGUGAUGAGGACUGAUGCUUCUUGGGGGACCAAACUGCUCUGUUAGUCUUUUUAUAAUCUCAUCUGUCGACUAAGUGAGUGUGCCAGUUUUUCUUUUUGUCCUUCUGGUGAUGUCUCAUGUACACAAAGCCGAUGAUUCCUGGAAAUUAAUGUUCGGACGACAAACAGUAGGUCUGCAGGAUUUACCCCCAUUUUUUUUCCCACUCCUGGCUUGUAUGGUUUUUCACCACAAGAUGGCAGUAAUGUCCACAUAAAGCAGAAAAAUUUGAAGAUUUUUCUGUUAUGAGAAUAAAUAAAAAUACACAGAUUGUUGUUGUCUGUCAUUGUCAUUUAUUUUUGUUUUGGCAAAAUAAAAAAGACUUGGACCACU